UUGAUUCCGCGUCUGUGCUGUGGUCUUGUGACUCUGGUGCUCUCCAUCAACAUGCGCUGUUCUCUCCAAUUUAUCGCUCUUCUGUUGUCCUUUUAUUCAAGUCAAGGACUCCAGUUCAAUAACAUUGAAGAGGAGACUGAGUUUGUAAAUGCGAACUCGAAGUAUGGCUCUCUCUGGCCUCUUCCACAAAAGGUGAAUUUCUCAGAUGUUUCAUUCAAGUUGAGCAGCGCCAGCUUUAGGAUAGUCGACGCCAAAGAAUCAUCUGCUGGAGCAAGUUGUGGUUUGCUGCAAAAUGCCUAUAGAAGGUAUUUUGACUACAUUUUUGAGGGCUCCAAAAAGCAGUGGCCAGGUAAAAGCAGGCGCACAGGUGCCUCUGAGCUGGGGGAGCUGCAGGUGUGGAUCACGUCAACUGACUCGGAGUGCGACGCUUACCCCAGUGUGUCUACGGACGAGUCAUAUGAACUAAACGUGGACCAACCUGUUGCUGUGCUAAAGGCACCAAAGGUUUGGGGAGCUUUGCAUGGUUUAGAAACAUUCAGCCAGUUGGUGUUUAAAGAUGAAUUUGGGAGUAGGAACAUCAAUGCGACUACAGUCAGCGAUUUCCCCAGAUUUGCACACAGAGGUAUCCUGCUGGAUACGUCACGACACUUUUUACCAAUUAAAGUCAUCUUGGCCAACCUGGAAACAAUGGCAAUGAACAAAUUCAAUGUCUUUCACUGGCAUAUAGUAGAUGACCCUUCCUUCCCUUACAUAAGCAAGACCUUCCCUCAACUAAGUCAGAAGGGAGCUUACCAUCCUUACACACACGUGUACACCCCAGCUGAUGUGAAGAUGAUCAUUGAGUUUGCCCGUCUCAGGGGAAUUCGUGUCAUCCCAGAGUUUGACACUCCAGGGCACACACUUUCUUGGGGAAGAGGUCAGCCAGAUCUUCUUACACCUUGUUACUCUGGCUCUUCUCCGUCUGGCACCUUUGGACCUGUCAACCCCAUUGUGAACACUACUUAUGAUUUCAUGACACAGUUCUUCAAAGAAAUCAGCUCUGUGUUUCCUGAUACCUAUGUGCAUCUCGGAGGUGAUGAGGUGGAUUUUACCUGCUGGAAGUCCAACCCAGACAUUCAGGCUUUUAUGAAGCAGCAAGGUUUUGGAGAAGACUUCACAAAGCUGGAGUCCUUUUAUAUUCAAAGACUUUUGGAUAUUGUUGGCCAGACCAAUAAAGGCUACAUGAUCUGGCAAGAGGUGUUUGAUAAUGGUGUGAAGCUAAAACCAGACACAAUUAUCCACGUUUGGAAAGGAAACCAACAGCAAUACCAGAAUGAGAUGGCGCAAAUUACAUCAGCUGGUUACCACACCUUGCUGUCCACUCCAUGGUACCUGAAUUAUAUCUCCUAUGGCCAGGACUGGCAUACCCAUUACAAGGCUGACCCUCAAGAUUUUCAGGGAACUGAUAAGCAAAAGGAGCUUGUGAUUGGUGGAGAAGCCUGUCUAUGGGGCGAGUAUGUAGAUGGCACCAACCUGACACCAAGACUCUGGCCUCGUGCUAGUGCUGUGGCUGAGCGUCUGUGGAGUGCAAAAGAUGUGAGAGACCUGAACGAUGCUUAUAGCAGACUGUCAAGCCAUCGUUGUCGUAUGGUGGAGCGUGGAAUCCCAGCAGAACCACUAUUUACCAGUUAUUGCCCUCAUGAGUACAAAGGGAUUUAAGAAAAGAACCUACUGGACUCUCAUCUUAAAGGGAAAUGCAUUUUUAUUGAUUUGUAUAUUCUGAAUGCUCAAAUAACUUCAUAAAUUUUGCAAUUUUUUCGGGUUAUUGUACAUUAUCUGUACAAUAGGUUGAUCAUACUACUCUGAGUACUCUGACUUCUUGAUUGCACUUUGUCUUAUUUUACAUUUUUAAGUGUUUGAUUUUACAAAAAUAUUUGUAUUCAAAAUAAAAGCGCACAACACAAUAAGAAAAA